CGGGCGGGCGGGCGCGGAGCCUCCAAGAUGCCGUUCCACCCGGUGACGGCGGCGUUGAUGUACCGGGGCAUCUACACCGUGCCCAACCUGCUGUCGGAGCAGCGUCCGGUGGACAUCCCGGAGGACGAGCUGGAGGAGAUCCGAGAGGCCUUCAAGGUGUUCGACCGUGAUGGCAAUGGCUUCAUCUCCAAGCAGGAGCUGGGCACAGCCAUGCGCUCACUGGGCUACAUGCCCAACGAGGUAGAGCUGGAGGUCAUCAUCCAGCGGCUGGACAUGGAUGGUGAUGGUCAAGUGGACUUUGAGGAGUUUGUGACCCUCCUGGGACCCAAACUCUCCACUUCAGGGAUCCCAGAGAAGUUCCAUGGCACCGACUUUGACACUGUCUUCUGGAAGUGUGACAUGCAGAAGCUGACGGUGGACGAGCUGAAGCGGCUGCUGUAUGACACCUUCUGCGAGCACCUGUCCAUGAAGGACAUCGAGAACAUCAUCAUGACGGAGGAGGAGAGCCACCUGGGCCCAGCUGAGGAGUGCCCCGUGGAUGUGGAGACCUGCUCCAACCAGCAGAUCCGCCAAACGUGCGUGCGCAAGAGUCUCAUCUGCGCCUUUGCCAUCGCCUUCAUCAUCAGCGUCAUGCUCAUUGCGGCCAACCAGGUGCUGCGCAGUGGCAUGAAGUAGGCGCCACCUGGACACCCCAUCCACCGCAUGCCGCGCCCGCGGCCCACCCCACACCACCGCCGCCUGCAGCCCCUCCCUUGGCCAGCUCCCUGGGCUGCCACCUGUGUGUACUUCAGGGCCUGGAUAUCUGGCGAGCCUUCCCCACCCACCCCAUGGGCCUCACCUGGAGCCGUGGCCUGGCUGUGGAGGGCCUGGUGGUGGCUCUGUGGAUGGCCCUGGCCCCACCCUGUCCCUACUCUGGUCUGUAUAGAGUACUCACUCUUCCUACCGUCCAGGGGCUCCUGGGAAAUUGAGGAGGAAUUUGCACAGGAACCCCCAGGACCCAGUUGCUGCUGUGGUCCCUUGGGCAGGAGGGGGCACCCUGUGCCUGGAGACAGCAGCCUAUCUGGGGCCACACAGCCAACCUGGCCGUGGUCCCUGAGGUCUGCCUGGGCACUAGGAAGGGUGGGAAGCCAGGGUGUCCUGGGCCCUGCUGCCUGGCAUGGCCUGAGGAGGCCCCUGGUCUUCUCCUGGGUCCUUUCCUCUGACCCGUGUUAGACCCCAGCCCAGCCCCUCUUCAUGUACCUGCUGGGCAAGCCCAUUUCACAGGUGAGGAACCUGAGGCUUGGCCUCAGUUCCUCCUUCCACAGAGAUUUUCAGGAAAGGCAGAAGCUCAUGGAAGACGGGUAUCUAGGGUGGCCCUGCAGCCCCCCACUUUCUGGCCCUCCCACCAGAGGCCCAGCAACCACGGCCACUCAUCCACCACCCCAGCCUAGAGCCUAAAACUGUAGUCUAGCUGAGGAAGGAGGCAAAGCAGGGGCCUGAAGGCUUUGAGCAGCCUCCACCAGGGGGCUCGUCCAAGGCUGAACCUUGGGAGGGCUCUGUACUACCUCCUGGGCCAAGAAACUGGCACAGCCCUGCACUGUCAGUGCCAAGAGGCUGCGCCAGGCCACUCUCCCAGCCCAUGGCCUGCCCUCCUGCAUCGUCCCGCUUCUCUAUGCCCUCAAGGAGGGAGACCCCGCUCCCAUGCCCGAGCUGUAUCAUCCCAAACACUUGGGCACCAGCUCAGCAUGGCAGACACAGGGGCUGUGGAUUCUUCCAGGGCUGGGAUGGCAGGCAGAAUCCCUUGGCUCCUCAGGCCUAGAGCCACUUCUUACCAGGCAACGGGCACAGCCACCCUGGCACACCCUCUCCCUGGCUGUGCUGAGCCUCUGCUGGUCCCAAGGGAGAAGGGAGAGAGUGUGGGUCACCUGAGGAGAAUCUCAUCUCAUCCCCACCCUGCCUGACCUCUGCCAGGGGCUGGAGAACAGAGCUCAGAGCACCCGGCGUUGGGAAGCACAGCCAGACCAUCGUGGUGACAGAUUUUCUUUAUAAACAUCUAGAAGUUUUCUCCCUCAGCGUCUUAAGAAGGAAGGAGGGGGGCGGGUAGAAGAGAGUGAGUCGGGGGCUCCGUGGCAUAGACCCAGGACCAGGGCUAGAUUUGGCAUGGGCACAUCCUGAGCCUGUGAGGCCAGGCCGAUGAUCUCAGAGCCUCCAUGGGGUAUAGCAGGAACAGGGCUUGGCUUCCUAUUGUGAAUGAUGAGAAGUAACCACGUGGGGGUCAGUUGAAGGCAAGGGGCUCAGCCCCAUUGGACUCUGGGCUGCAGGGGCCACCCUCCCGGUGGGGGUGCCCGCAGGGAUGGGGGCAGCUCCUGGACUGGUGGCCAGCCCACAGGGUACUGAAAGACAGUAGUUCUGAUGGGUUCAGCCCUAGAGAGAGAGAGAGAGAAGGGUGGAGAAUUAGAGUCAGGUAUUGCCCAGACUUAUGCCACCUGCCACCCCCAGCCCACCUGCCUCACCGCCCGGGCUGUGGGGAGGGUCAGCUGCCUGCACGACUCUUCUGGAAGGCAGAGCCUCGAAAACAUGCAGACCCUUUGAGCCAGCGACCUCACUUCUAGGAACUGAGAUCAAGGAAAUAGUGGGGUUGUGGGCAGACACAGCUACAGGGACAGCCGCAAGACAAUGGAAAUAAGCUUCGUGUCCACCUGUAGGGGACUGAUUAAAUACAUAUGCACGUCCACAGCAGAGAAUGCUAUGCAGCCUGUGUAAGAAUGAAGGCAGACUUAUAUGCACUGAUGAGGAGAGACAUACUGUGUGAGUAGGGAGAGAAAGCAGCUUAUAAAAUAAUGUAUAUAGCAUGAUACUAUUUUUGUUUAAAAAUAUAUAAAAUAUAUAAAUGCAUAAAAAAAUCCUGGAAGACACAGCAAAAUGUUAACAAUGGUUCUGAGUGGUGCCAUGA